GCUGCGUGUACUUCUCACCCGGAACGUCCAACUGGCUAAACAUAGCAAAAGGAAUCAACAAGAUAAAUUUCACCCGCUUGACCUUCAUUGACCACAAACUUUAGUCGCACCCAUAUCCACACCAUCCUCGCCGUGUCAUCUCUCCAUCAGCCAAGCCAUGGAAGCGCAUGGCACUGCUGUUGCGGCCAUCGAAGCCAGCGUCCGCUCUUUCUCGGAAGUGCAGCAGCCAUUUCGCAUUUAUCACGGCUCGACGAAUAGCACCCGCGACUCGUCGCGCUAUCUGGACAACACCGUGGAUACAAGCAAACUCAACCAAGUCCUUCGCAUUGACACGGAGGCGAAAACGGCCAUUGUCGAGCCUAAUGUUCCCAUGGACGCUCUUUUGCAGGCGACCCUCGAGCACGGCCUAAUACCCUUGGUUGUCAUGGAAUUCCCCGGCAUCACGGCUGGAGGUGGAUUCUCUGGCACGUCGGGGGAGAGCAGUUCGUUUCGCUAUGGCUUUUUCGACGGGACCGUAAACUGGAUCGAGAUGGUACUUGCCAAUGGCACUACGACGAGGGCAUCAAGGACCGAGAAUCCUGAUGUAUUCUGGGGAGCCGCCUCGUCCUUCGGAACGCUCGGUGUUGUAACGCUAUUGGAAGUUCGCUUGAGGGAGGCAACCAAGUACGUCGAGUUGUCAUAUUAUGCUGCGUCGACUAUGCCCGAUGCAAUGAAGAUAUUCGAGGCCCAGACGGCGAACCCUACGGUCGAUUAUCUGGAUGGAAUCGUCUUUGCACGAGACUCUAUUGUCAUCUGUUCCGGCCGCCUCACCUCUUCCCUUCCCGCCGGAGCUCAUGUACAGCAAUUUACACGCCGCAGUGACCCAUGGUUCUACAUCCAUGUGCAACGGAGAGUAGACAUAAACACCCCUCGGGAGGAACCUGUCACGGAGUACGUUCCGCUGGUGGAUUACCUAUUCCGUUACGACCGCGGAGGCUUCUGGGUGGGACGCUACGCCUUCCGCUACUUCAUCACCCCCUUCAACCGCAUCACCCGCUCUAUUCUCGACCGCUUCAUGCACACCCGCAUCAUGUACCACGCGCUACAUGCUAGCGGGCAGUCACGCAUGUAUAUUAUCCAGGACGUGGCAUUGCCAUAUGACGCCGCGCCCAAAUUUCAUGAGUGGUUGCACGAUGCGUUCGGCUUAUACCCGCUAUGGCUGUGUCCACUGCGGCAACGGCGUGAUGGUGGCUGUCCUGAAGCCCGCCAUGGUUUGUACGCAAGUCUUGCAGAUCCGAAAGGCUCACCUGAAUUCAUGAUGAACUUCGGUGUUUGGGGGCCGGGCUCGAAGAACCGGAGCGAGUUUGUUCGCCAGAAUCGGCUUCUUGAGCACAAAGUUGACGAGCUCGGUGGGCGAAAGUGGCUAUAUGCACACGCGUACUACACCAAGGAGGAAUUCUGGAGCAUUUACGAACGUGCGGCAUACGAUAAGCUCCGAGCCAAGUAUGGGGCGUCGUACCUGCCGAGUGUUUAUGAUAAGGUGAAGGUUGACGUUGAAGCCGAGGAGCGGGCUAUCCACACUUUGUGGAUGGCGUGGUUGCUAUGGCUUUUCUGGAGCAUUUGGCCAUUUAGUGGACUGUAUGGCGUGUAUAAAGCGUGGAGAGGCGGUGAGUAUUUGUUGCAGAAGGAAUCGAGCUCUUCAUUCCCAGCCUUGAAAGAAGAUUGAGGAAAUGGGCGGGGUGUCUUCUAAACAACGGGGUUGAAUUAGGAGAGGUAUUGCAAAUAGCUUGAAGUGGCUAAAUAGCCUUGGCUGGUGCUAAUAUCAUGUCUUUUUGUGGAUGGCAUUUGUUCAAUAUUUAGAUCUACAGCGUCGCAAGCUGUGUUAAAAGUAUACAAUUACCCCAGUUGACUAAUCUCCAUUCUUGGCUCAUGUUUACUAUAGCCAUUAUAGGACAAAUGAAAGAAAACCUU